AGCAAGAAGACAACUAAUAGUAGUCGCAAAACUCCAUUAGACCAUCCUUCACUAUGCCGAGGAGGAAUUGUAAUUAGCUGUAGACUAAUAUAUUAUAUUUAUAAAGCAAGCUUUAGCUUAUUACUGGAGUAUUACUGGAAUACUGCUUCGUCCAAAUUGCCCAAAAUUCGACACGGUACUCCUGAGUCCCCAGCAAGUGUGAGAUAGGUCGGAUGUACCAAAUAAUACUUUUGCCUAAAUGCCGAAUCAAAGAGACGAGGCCGCUGAUGAUUCCCCUGCGGAUCUUCCCUGUCUGGAAAAACUUGACUCUCCCACAGGGAGCCCACCCACCGCCUCAUUAUCCAGUCUGAUGGAGCUGGGAAAUUGUCUUUCCAACCUGAACCUCGCACAUGAGAUAGUGCUGAACCGAGACUUCUGCUUCAAACCCAGGAGUCCUCCGACUGACAGCCUGGAGGGCAGAGUGACGGAGAUCGUUCACCGGGCGUUUUGGGACAGUCUUCAAGAGCAGCUGACCAGCGAUCCUCCAAACUACAGCCAUGCCGUCAUUCUGCUACAGGAAGUCAAGACUAUGCUUCAGUCCCUACUGCUGCCCGGUCACGUCAGACUGAGAGCUCAGCUGGACGAGGUGCUGGACAUGGAGCUGAUCCGGCAGGAGGUCGAUCACGGGGCUCUGGAUCUCCACAGACUGGCAGGAUACAUCAUCGACACCAUGGCAUCUCUAUGCGCACCUGUACGUGACCCAGCGGUCAGGGCGCUAAGGGACCUCAGGGACCCUGUGGAGCUCCUGAGGGAGAUCUUCCGCGUCUUGGGCCUGAUGAAGACCGACAUGGUCAACUUCACCAUCCAGAGCCUGAGGCCUCACCUCCUGCAGCAGGCCGUGCAUUACGAGAGGGCCAAGUUCCAGCAGAUCCUGGACAAGCAGCCGGCCUCUCUGGACGACACCACCGCUUGGCUUCAGGCAGUGGCGUCAGAAGAGGCGGCGGCCGUCGGAGCUCGGUCUGAGUCCUCCAGUCCUGACAGCCGGGGUCCUGUCAGCGCCACCGCUGUCCUCGACCAGGCCUACAUGCGUCUGCUACACUGGGACCCGCAAGACCAGAAAUAUCCCGAGACUGUGCUGAUGGACCGAGCCCGGCUGGACGCUCUGGGCCAGCGGCUCCAGAUGCUGGUCCUGGAGGCGUCUGUGCUGCUCCUGACCAACGCUCAGUGUGGGGACGCCGUUUUCUCCCUGCAGGGGUUUGUAGGUAGACUCAGGCAGUCCGUCACUGCCCUGCUGGAGGGCAGUCACACCAGGUAAGAGGAGGA